UCAUCUUAGCAAUAAGGGUUGUGACGUCACGUCAGGAAUGCUGCUGAGGCUCCAUCCUGCUGUUGAGGACCGGGGAGAAGCACACACUGGCAUAAUAGGAGGCACCAGGGAUGCGCGGGAUGUGGGGCCUGGUGGGGGGUCCCCUGCUCACACAACUGCCUCCUGCCUGAGCUCGGGAAUCUCCGGGAUCAACACAGGCUGUUCUGGGAAUCCAACGGCAACAGAGGGUCUUCAGUUCCCCCUCCUCCUUUGACGGCAGGUAACUCUUAAACCCAGGUGGUCUGGAGGGGAGGAGGACACAGUUCCUGCACCCAGGACGCCUGUCCUCCUCCGUCCAAGUGAAGGGACACAGUUAUAUCCUGAGACUUUGCUGGAAAGCUUCUUGCAGGUUGGAGCCCAGCAGUCAUGCCGGACACACCAGUGGAGGAAUCCCUUUUCCAAAUCAUCCACUGCUACCACCAGUAUGCAGCCCGCGAAGGGGACGUGGAGACCCUGACCCUGGAGGAGCUGAGGGCCCUGCUCACGGACAACGUGCCCCGCUUCAUGGAGACCUUGGGUCGGAAGGAGCCGCGCUACAUCGCGGAGUUGUUCCGGGCAGCAGACAAGAACAAGGACAACCAGGUCUGCUUUGAAGAGUUCCUGUACAUCCUGGGCCAGCUGGCGAAGGAUUACCACCUGCGGUACCACCGGCAGCUGUGUGCCCGCCACUGUGCCCAGCAGAGCCUCUACUAGGGCCGCUGGAGCCUGCUUCCAGGAGGAGCGUGACCUGGCUACGGGGCCCGGCAGAGAACUCUGCUGUGUGUGCAGCUCACUCUUGUGCAGCCUCACACUCAUUUGGGGUAUUAGUCUCUUCUUGGUUCUGGGUACCAUUCAUGGAUGGGAGAUUCAACUUCUGCCUUCAAGAGGCCCCUGUCUGAUGGAGGAGGCACAGCCCCGGAGCCCACGUGUUCUUGUUUAAGUGGGGACACACCCGGCCCUCGGCUCUCAGACUGUGAGAAGGAGGCUCUUCCUUUGGGCAGUUGACCCUCUAAUAGGAAGCCGUGCCUCCCCAGUCAUGUUCCUGAUGACUGUCUCCCUGGACAGAGGGGCAGAAGGAGAGCCACGUGGGCAGAAGUACACUGGACAUUGUUUUUGAAGGUGUCCCUGCUCAGAAUGAGAGCUUCAAUGACCCUGUAUAUAAAGGGCUUGGGGAGGGACCAGGGUGGGGAGAGGAGCACAUUUUAAGGGGAACGGCAGCGGAGA